CCCCUGUUACAGGAAGCUCGCAUUCGUCUUCAGCCAUCCCAGCUUCCUCGCAGGGCCAGCCAGCUCAAAGCAGUUCGAGAUGGCCUCCAGAACCAGGGAGUUCGCGUAGUCCACCUAUAUCAGAUGCCUCUCGCUCUCCAACAAUUAUGUCAUCCCGUCCUCCACCUAUCUCCAGUAGUCCAAGAUCACCAGUGCCAGCUCAUUCUGUUUUACAGAGGGCACAUACGGCAAGCAACGCGCCCUCUCCCUCAUCCACGUUCACAGAUUCUUCCCGUUUAUCGUCUUCGACGAUGCGUUCGAUGCACACACGAAUGCCUGCGACCACUGACGAUGAGUCAAAUACAAGUGACGUGGGUGAUGAGCAUGAUGAAAAAAAUGAUGGACGCCACGCAGGAAGAGGAUAUGGUAGCCCAAGGGAAGACUAUAGUCGCCAGCAAGGUAGGUAUAACGACCAGAAUGAAAUUCGCGACAUACGUAGUGCAGUAGAAUCGGGCAAUGUGUCCCCGCAAUACGGCAUCCGCGACCUUCCUCGGCGCCCUCAUCCUUCUCAACCAUCCCAAACCCAAGCGCAUAUUCAGGAAAGGCAAUGGACUCGGACGCGCCCGACUCGCUCAGCAACUCUCCCGACUCCUCCACCCCAGUCACCCAACCAUAUCCAAGACAAUGAACCACAAUCGCUCACACUGCGUAUGGCCGCACUCGGACUAUCCACUUCCUCUCAGUCACCCUCGCACAACAUGCAAAACGAUCUAAGCAGACAUCCCUCGAUGCAAAGUUCACGCUCAUCUUCGCCGAGCUUCGACCUAGGGAGCCACCCGCUUUUGCAGCGUGUGCCAUCUGCAAAGGAAGAAGAACUUGAAAGCCUGUCUAAACGCCCAUCAUUACAGCGUGGCAAAUCUGUGAUUGAGGGACCCCAAAAGCAUUCUUUUGUGUCCACCCCAAUGGAGAGACGGGUGUCAGGCAGAAGUCGAAGCUUGGUGCGUGAGCAAGAACGCCGAAGAGUGUCGCCUGCACGCGAACCAUCCCCCAUACGUGAACCUUCGCCUACGCGCAGCCAGUGGCCGCAGAACAUCCCGCCGCUUCCCCGCGCACCGCCAUCGCCUGCUGGAAACCGACCUUUUUCACCUGGGUUUCAUGCCUCUACGUUUGAUAAUAACAACAUAAAUGACUCGCCUGUGCGAUCCGCUUUCGCGCGUCCUGCAUCUCCGCUCAAGAAUUCUGUGCUCCCUCCGUCUGGGUUUUCACGCCCUACAUCGCCAUCAAAACCACCCCUACCGACGCCCCCUGCACGUGUUGAGGCAGGAAGUGCGCAUGUGUUCCCCUCCCCAAGAAAAGCGAGCAGCGGAAAAAGUUCGUCUAACCCACAAAAUCAAAAUUCGCCUUCCAAUUCACCACAAAAAUCAUCCAAUACGUAUACAUCACCAGCGUUACCUUCUUCGUCCUCCCCACCGAAACUAGCCUACCUUAGCAACUCGAAUGCACGGAAUGCGUUCCCGCCCACCUCGUUUCCAUCUUCGUUCCCUACGAGCUCAUCUCAUUCGACUACAUCAAAUUCACACAUCAUGGAGCGUCAGCGCCGAAAGCAGCGUGCGUACGUGUCUACAUACGACCUUGAUGACGAGCCGCCUGUUUCGCCGCUCCGUGAGCGUGUGGGUCUACCUUCGCCUAGUGUAUCUCGCUCACCUUCCCCUUCAGAUCCUGGGGCACGCGUGAGGGGACGAUCUGUUUCCAGAGGCCCUGCAAAUAAGGAUCAGGACUAUGGAUAUUGCAAUGAGGAUGACGGGGAUGAGCACUCACCCUCGCCCAUCCGUUUCGCGAAGCGCUCCUCUAAUCAGUUCUCCGUACUGGAGAUGGGUUUUGUGGGUGAGGAAGUUAUGUCGAGGUGGCAUCGCACGCCGGCGCCCAGAGCUUCGGCAGAGCGUGGGGAUGAUGAAGGCAGACGGGCGGAUGUGGGCGUGCCGGUUAUCUCUCUCCCCGGUGGGCAUGUUGAUUUUGAUCAGGACUGUGAGAAUCGUGGUAGUGGCACGGUACUAUCGAGCAAGACGCAGGAGUCGCCGCCAAGGAUUGCUGUUUCGAGCGCUACACCGCCGAGAGUGGCGGGUUCGCGUGCUACGCCGCCGAGGGUGGCUGUUACUAAUUCAACGCCGCCGCGUGCAGCUGCUAACACAUCAACGCCACCGCGUAUCGCAGUGUCAGGAUCAUCACCUUCUUCUCCACAGAUUUCUGCAUCCUCACCGUCCAUACAACAAACAUCUGUAUCAUCGCCUUCUACACCCCAGAUAUCUGUAUCCAUUCCCAGUUUCUCUCAGAGGCAACCUAACUCAUGGAACACAUCGGCGCCAUCCCAUGAGCCAAAACGUCUCCCGCCACCUCCAGGCGAAAAUGGACUAAAAAGUGCAGGAGGACAGAACAAUGUGUUCAAUGUGCAGAAUGGAGGUAAAUUAUCAGGAGUGCUAAAGGGGAUGCGUGGGAACGGGUUAUCAUGCGCAGGAUGCGCUGGUCCAAUUAUUGGACGUAUUGUCAGUGCCAUGGGACAGCGGUGGCACCCAGGGUGUUUUCGUUGCUCCACCUGCAAUGAUCUCCUCGAACAUGUCUCGAGCUUCGAUCACGAGGGAAAACCGUAUUGUCAUCUUGAUUACCAUGAGAACUUUGCGCCUCGUUGCUAUCACUGCAAAACGGCGAUUAUUGACGAACGGUUCAUCACGCUUGACGACGAGGCGCUGGGAAAGCGGACUUAUCAUGAGCAACAUUUUUUUUGUGCAGAGUGUGGGGACCCGUUCCUCCCGCCAUCUUCUGGGAGUGGCGGCUUGACGGUCACGGGUGAUGGCGAGUUCGAUCUUGACGACGAUGUCGGUUUCACGGUGUACAAGGGUCACCCAUACUGCGAGGCGUGUCACGUCCGUCUGCGUAUGCCCAAAUGCAAACAUUGCAAGAAGUCAAUCAGGGACGGAAUGCGCGCUGUUGAGGCUUUGGGAGGCAAAUGGUGUUGGGAGUGUUUUGUGUGCGAGGGCUGCAAAACCCCGUUUGACGAUCCGUCAUUCUUUUUGCGCGACAACAAGCCGUUUUGCGAGCCGUGCUUUAGUUUGAUAUUGCGAAAUGAGGUAUGAGGCCAAGUGUGGUUUGAAUAAUUUAUUUCUUGCUGUAUGUAGUUUUCGGUUUCGGUUUCUUGCUCGUAGGUACUUGGAUGUGCUAGCCACUUUAACUUUGGUCUGUCUACAUAUCUUAUGGUUAUAUUGAACAAGUUGCUUCAAGUACUUAGUACUUAGCGCUUAUAUUGCGACUGAACU